CAGUUGCAUUCCAAACUUCAACAACACCGAGGAUGGCUUUACGCGACGGGCCAGCCAUUAUUCCCGAUUUCACGUCCGCCUUGCCAUCCAUCGAAAUGGACCCGUGGUCCGCAAUGGAGUCGCCCAAGGUGGCGCCCGCGACCAAGGCCACCGAAGCGAUCCUCACGCCGAGUCCCCGACGGACCUUGCCGGUCCUUGGCCGCGUCGCAUGUUUUCGUACUUUGCCGCGACUGGCCGUCAUCGCCGAGAAGCAUCAAGCGCUGGCGUUUCUUGACGCGUGCCUCCGCGGCGUCGGCCAAUGCAACUUUCAAAACUCGCCGCUCUCAGGGCUUCUCUUCCUCGUCGCGCUCGGCCUCUCGCCGCAAGGGCUGCGCAUGGUCGCCUUUGCGCUGCUCGGCGUCGUGUCGGCCACGGCCUUCUCGUGCCUCCUGGGCCUGGACCGACACUUGCGCGCCGCCGGUCUCCACGGCUACAACGCGACGCUUGUCGGGUGCGCGGUGCACACGUUCUUCACCGGUGAUGCGUACGGCGUGGCGAGCCUUGUCAUCGUGCUGCUCUCGUGUCUCAGCGUCCUCUUGGCGACGGCGACGGCCGCGGCGCUGCCACCCGGUCUUCCAACCCUCACGUUUCCCUUCCAAGUGUCGAUGUGGAUCUACGUGCUCUCGACGCAGCUGUACCCGCGUCUCGAAAUCAUGGCGUUUCCAGCGCCCCGCCUCGUGCUCAACGCGACGCUGUCGACUGUGUCCUACGACGCGGCUGCGAUCGUCCAGACGAUCUUCUCUGGGAUCGCCGAGACCUGUCUCGUCGGCGACUGGUUCUCUGGUGUCGUCAUGCUCCUCGGCAUCUUCCUUUGCUCGCCAACGAGCGCGGUCGCUGCACUGCUCGCGUCGACGGCUGCGACGCUACUUGCAAUUGCCAUGCAGGCGCCCAGCGCAGGGCUCCUCCUCGGCUUGCACGGCUACAACCCCGUACUGAAUGCGAUCGCGCUCUCUGGCUUCUUUCUGGCGCCGCGCCAUUGGCGCACGGUCGUGCUUGUGACGGCGUGCGUCGGCGCGACGUUCCUCUUCAACUGCGCGACGAGCUCGGUGUUUACGAUCUUGGCGCUCCCCGUGCUCACGUGGCCCUUUACCAUCAUGACGUGGGUCGGCCUCUUGGCGUCGCAGUCGAUGCCCGACCUCGCGCGUGUGCCACUUGCCGACCUCACGACGCCCGAGGACCACUACGAGGCGCUGCAUCGCACACCAACUGAUAGCGCCGCCUAAGUGAAAUGCGUCCAUUUGUGUGUCGAACUUGUAAUAAAUGAAUCGUAGAAAGUAUGUUUAAAUCGUGUAGUAUCGUCAAGUAUUCAAUCUC